UUGGGGUUGCCGUGGGAUAGAAAGUGAGCCUUUGUCAUAAGACAGGCACGGAUCAGGAAUUCAAGGUCAUUUUCAGCCACAGGUAGAGGCUAGCAUUGGCUACGUGAGACCGUACCUCAAAAAAAAAAAAAAUGAAAAGAAAAACAUUGAGGCUAAACAGGAAGAAUAGGAGAGACAGGCAGAGAGGAAGGUGGAAGGACGCAGCAGCUGGGACGGAGUCUUCCCUGCGCCCACUUGGUGCCUCAGUCUCCCUCCUGAACACCUUGUUUCCCGGUGUGAGCCGAGUUCAGGCCUGGGCACGGCUUGCCACAGCUCCGGGGGAUUAUCUGGAUCCCACUGUUCAGGGAGCACGGAUUCCCCAAAGGCGACGCCGGGGUGCCCCUGGGUGUGGAAACUGCCAGGGAGAAAGGGGCGGGUGUGCGGUGUCCCUGGAGGAGGGAACACCGUAAGCGAGGAGUGGCGAUGGCGGCUCGGGCCAGGGUAGGAAAUCGAGGCCCGGUACGCGGUAAGCGCUAGCCGUUGGCGGCGUCACCGCGGUUAACGUCGGUACCGUACCGCGACCGCGGGCUGCCUUGCGCGGAAGGAGGGGUCGCCCUCUGCGGGCCUCAGUUUCCCCACUGUGUCCUCGUCGCAAUCCAAGGGACACAAGGAGCCCCAAUCUUUCCACGCACAUCGUGUUAUUCCCACGUCGUCCUGCAGGGAGAGGCAGAGAGUAACAGGCCACCACCGAGGUCUCAGGCUUAUUAAUGCCUUUCUCUCUCUGAGCCCGUUUCCUUUGUGUCUGUUUCGUGAGUUGAGGGCCAGCCUGGGCUAGAGUGAGACCCCAUGACUCCAAGAAUUAAAUGAAUAUACCUAUUGAUGUGUUGGGCUUGGCUUCGGUUUUUGAGACGUGUAGCUCAGGCUGGUCUCGAACACUACCGAGCCCGGGAUGACCUUUGAACUCCCGAUCCUACUGCCUCCACCCCCCCCAAGUAUCCGGAUGGGGGGCGGGCACAGGGCCUCGUGCACAGUGGGCUCCAUCCCGAGAUCAGUGGGGAGGAGCGCCUGCUGCAGCCCGCGCGGGAGAGCUGAGAAGCCCACCAUACACACGUGACACAGGGGAGAAAGGAAAUGUCCCUUUCGAAAGGCGACAGCCCGUCUUUACUCCCAACACUCCGGGGACAGAGGCAGGAGGAUAUCUGUGAGUUCGAGGUCCACCCGUGACCGGCGUACGAACCCCCCGGGAACCCUCGGGCACUUCCGGUUCCUGCGCGAGCCAACGAAGGAAGGCCCCGCCCCCUGGAACGGACGUGCGCACGCGCCCCUUCGCGCCAUUGGUGCGGUCUGAGCAGGCGCACUCCGCUCGGUAGGCUUUGGCGGACACCCGCGACCCGGAAGACUUUCGUGCCACACUCCAGAGCUGCCGUAAGGGGCGUCGAUGGCGGAGGAUGCAGAAGCGGCAGCCGAGAGAGGUGGUGGCGGUGACUCCGGAGUUGGCGCGUGCGAACGGGGCGUAGCGCCCAUUAAAGCUCAGUACCGCACCACCAAGGAACAGUUCCACCAAUACCUGGACGCAGACAGGCCAGAGGGUGUGUGUCAGGAAACGCCCACCGGAGACACUGAUGGCAGUGACUCGGCCGAGCCCAAGGCCAAGAGGAUACGCCUGGAAGAUGGGCAGGAGAACGGGAAGACAGAGGAGGCAGCUGAGCCUCCCGAGCAACGACAGGUGCCCAAGAGGGCCCGAGGCCAAAACAAAAGCCGGCCGCACGUGAAGCCAACGCACUAUGACAAGGAACGGCUUUGCCCGUCUCUCCUCCAGGAGUCGGCCACAUGUGCAUUUGGUGACCGGUGCCGCUUCCUGCAUGAUGUAGGGCGCUACCUGGAGACCAAGCCAGCAGACUUGGGCCCCCGCUGUGUGCUCUUCGACACCUUCGGCCGGUGCCCUUACAGUGUGACCUGUCGCUUUGCCAGGGCCCACCUUGGGCCUGAGGGCCAGAACCUGGUGCAAGAGGAGGUAGUGGCUCGCUGUGCGGACCUCCCUCCAGUGCGCAAUGGCCUCAACAGAGCCCUGCAGCAGCAGCUUAGGAAGCGCCAAGUGUGCUUUGAGCGGGCUGAGCAGGCCCUGCGCCACCUCACCCAGGGCCCUAUGCCCAUGGCCAUCCCUGAGACCUCUGUAGCCACGGUUACCCCGGAGCAGAACAGUUGCCAUGCCCAGCUAGACACUACAGGAGGGGCCAGCACCCCGCAUGGCAGCCCUGUGUCCACCUGUGGCCCCUUGACGGACGAGGACGUCAUUCGGCUGCGACCCUGUGAGAAGAAGCGGCUGGACAUUAGCGGGAAGCUGUACCUUGCUCCGCUCACCACGUGUGGGAACCUACCCUUUCGCCGCAUCUGCAAGCGCUUCGGUGCGGAUGUGACCUGCGGUGAGAUGGCCGUGUGCACGAACCUCUUGCAGGGACAGAUGUCCGAGUGGGCCUUGCUCAAGCGCCACCCCUGUGAGGACAUCUUUGGAGUGCAACUGGAGGGCGCCUUCCCUGACACCAUGACCAAAUGUGCUGAGCUCCUGAACCGCACCAUUGACGUGGACUUUGUGGAUAUCAAUGUGGGCUGCCCCAUCGACCUUGUCUACAAGAAGGGUGGCGGCUGUGCACUCAUGAAUCGCUCAGCCAAGUUCCAGCAGAUUGUGCGGGGCGUGAAUGAGGUGCUGGAUGUGCCUUUGACUGUGAAGAUGCGCACAGGUGUCCAGGAGCGUGUGAGCCUAGCGCACCGUCUGCUGCCUGAGCUGCGGGACUGGGGUGUUGCGUUGGUCACGCUCCAUGGCCGCUCCCGAGAGCAGCGCUACACCAGGCUGGCUGACUGGCCCUACAUCGAGCAGUGCGCCAAGGUGGCCAGCCCCAUGCCCCUGUUCGGAAAUGGAGAUAUUCUUUCGUUCGAGGACGCCAACUGUGCAAUGCAGACAGGGGUCGCAGGGGUCAUGAUCGCCCGUGGUGCCUUGCUCAAGCCCUGGCUGUUCACGGAGAUCAAGGAACAGAGGCACUGGGACAUCUCGUCCUCUGAGCGCCUGGACAUCCUGAGGGACUUUACACACUAUGGUCUGGAACACUGGGGCUCCGACACACAAGGAGUGGAGCGGACCCGGCGCUUCCUUCUUGAGUGGCUCUCCUUCCUUUGCAGGUAUGUGCCCGUGGGCCUACUGGAGCGACUCCCACAGAGGAUCAAUGAGAGGCCACCCUACUACCUAGGCCGUGACCACCUGGAGACACUCAUGGCCAGCCAACAGGCCGCAGACUGGAUUCGCAUCAGGUACCCACCAGCCAGGGUUCUGCUGGGUGAUGCUCGGAGGUCCAGGACUGACCUGCCUGUCUGUCACCCUCCUCACAGUGAGAUGCUGCUUGGACCAGUCCCGCCUGGCUUCGCCUUCCUGCCCAAACACAAAGCCAAUGCCUACAAGUAGCCAACUGAGACAAUAAAUUUUAUUCUUCUACAA